AUGUCUUCUAUCGUUCCCGAAUUCGAAGCUGCCAAUGCGCAGUAUGCUGCGGCUUUUGACAAGGGAGACCUGGCUCUCCCGCCCUCUCGGCACGUUGCAGUUGUCGCAUGCAUGGAUGCACGACUCGAUCCAGCCCAGGUCCUCGGCAUCGAGUUAGGAUCCGCUCAUGUGAUCCGCAAUGCAGGCGGUCGUGCAACCGACGCGCUGCGAUCAGUCAUCAUCUCCCAACAGCUUCUCGGCACGCGAGAAAUUGUGAUUGUUCAUCAUACCGACUGUGGCAUGCUUACCUUCUCCGACCUCGACAUCAAGGCCAAGGUCAGAAAAGACCUGAACGAGGAUGUCGAUCACAUUGCGUUUCUUCCGUUUGGCGAUCUCAAGCAAAGUGUUCGGGACGACAUUGCGUUCUUCAAGAAGAGCCCUUUGGUGUUGGAUGUCCCCAUCACUGGCUACAUCUACGAUGUCAAGACUGGCAAGAUUGAGAAGGUUGAUGCCUAA